GAGGAAGAGUCGCUCCUCGCCAGCCGCCCACCGACCCCGCCCGAAACGAGUGUAGGAGCCUCUCCUCGGGGAACUGAUCGACCAGUUUGGAGGCUUGCCUCAUGCCUCGGCCCCAUGUACCAAGCGUGGACGACCAGCAGAAUUUUCCGCUGUUUCCUGAAAUAAACCCAAGAACACUCUGACUCCCAGCGUCUCCCAGCACUUACAGGGGCCUAUUCAGAUGAGGAGCCCUAAAGCUGACCCGAAGCUUCACGAGCUGCUUCACCUUUAUGGUAAAAAGGUUUACACAAUGAAAGAACACAUCAUAUGUCAGAAGUUUUAUGGAUUGAUUCUCAUGUUGAGCGGUACCUUUCUCUCAGAUGCACUUUCACUGAAAGGAAAAAGACUGGAUUUUUAUGGAAGAGCUGACACGUACGUGAGCCUGACCAACACGGUUCCUGAACUCAGUCGAUUCACAGCAUGCAUUGACCUGGUAUUCGUGGAUGACAAAUCAAGCGAUUGGAUGGCCUUCUCCUAUAUUACUAAUAACACCUUCCUGGGCAGAGAAGACAUAGACCUUGGACUUGCAGGAGACCAUCAGCAGCUAAUACUGUCCAACUUGGGGAAGACUUUUUAUAUCCGUUACCAACUGGCUCCGUUUCAGUGGCAUACAAUCUGCUUGCUAUGGGAUGGUGUCAAGGGCAGAUUAGAGCUCUUCCUGAAUACAGAAAGGAUACUGGUAGUGAUGGAUCAACCACAAAGCCUGACACCUAACGGGACUCUGAUUCUAGGACAUUUUCUCAAGAACUGGGACAGCCAGGUUAAAAGCCCACUGCCUGGCUUCGCUGGCAGCUUGUACUACUUUCAACUCUGGGACCAUGUCCUGGAAAAUGAGGACUUUAUGAAGUGUUUGGGUGGAAACGUAGUUAGUUGGGAAGAAGAUGUUUGGCUCAUCAACAAGAUCAUCCCAACUGUUGACAUGAGACUGCGCUGCUGUGAGUAACUUCUGAAUUGUCCUCCUAGGCAAGGGUUGUGCUGAUGCAGUCGUCUGCUUGCUGCUCUGGAUGACCCACUCUUGGC